CAAGUCAGAAAAACAGAGGGGCUUAUUUUCGACGCAUUGUUCAGCUCUUAAUGCGAAAUUACUGCUGAGUGUAUAAAACAAAACAUUCAAGGACGUUGAUGUUGAUGAGGGAUGGGAAUUUUGUAUACAAAUGAAAUUAAAUGUGCGCUUUCUGUGUGUUUUUCAGGUAUGAAUUUGCUUUCCCGAAGACUGAGCCGUCGAGGACUUUGAACAACUCAAAUUCAUGUUUUUUCUUCAAGGUAUGGCAGGGGGACCAGUAGACCCAAGAGAGAUUUUGAAAGGUGUGGAGGCUCUGCUGGGCAAAGAUGGAGAGCUGCGCAGUCUGGAAGGAGUCCCAAAAGUGUUUAGCCUGAUGAAAGCUUCAACUAAGAUGGUCAGUAGAUGUAUGUACCUGAACAUCCUGCUGCAGACGAAGUCCCACGAUGUUCUUAACAGGUUUAUCAGAGUUGGUGGCUACAAGCUGCUUAAUGCCUGGCUCACCUACUCCAAAACCACCAACAACUCUCCUCUACUUCAACAUAAGAAAAAGAAGAAAGAGGAGACUAAGGUGCCUGUGCGUGACAUGAAGGAAAAAGGUGGAGAGGAGGAGAAGAAGGACAAACCCAAAGCUCAUGCACCCAGCCACGCUAAGAUUCGCUCCAUAGGACUGGAAAUCGGAGACCCUCCCAACCCAGCCCCUCCUAAGAAGACGCCAGCUGCCCCUCAGCUGGGUAGCAAGUACAACAUCAAGCCUCCAGUCCUGAAACGACACAGCUCUGGCUCAGGAGAUGCUCCACCUCAGGAGAAAAAGUAUAAACCUCUAAACACACCCUCCAAUUCCGCCAAGGAGAUCAAAGUCAAAAUCAUUCCCGCACAACCCAUGGAGUGCACUGGCUUCCUAGAUGCUCUGAACUCUGCCCCAGUUCCCGGGAUCAAGAUCAAGAAAAAGAAACCUAGUGCUAACAUUACAGCUAGCACCAAGGUGGUCUCCCCCACGACUAACAAGGCAAGCCCGUUCGACAGCAAACCUGUAUAUUCUGCAUCUUCUACAAAACCAGCAUCUCCAGAAAGCGCUGCUUCCAGCACUCCUGCAGAUGAAAACCAGGAACCGGAGCAGCCUGGGACCCCCGUUCCCUCUGAGGACCCAGAGCCCUCUGACAACGGCGAGAAACCAAAUGCUCUGGCAGAGCCACGUGGAGAAGAAGAAAGCUUGACCAAGAAAGGCAAGAAGAAGAAGACGGUUCACUGGGCUGAAGAGGAGCAGCUCAAACACUAUUUUUACUUUGAUCUGGAUGAGACAGAACGAGUCAAUGUCAACAAAAUUAAGGACUUCGGUGAGGCGGCAAAACGAGAGCUAAUGAUGGACCGGCAGACAUUUGAAAUGGCUCGUCGGCUUUCCCACGAUACCAUGGAAGAAAGAGUCCCCUGGACACCCCCAAGACCCCUGACGCUGGCUGGCUGUCUUGUUACUUCAGGUGCAAACAGCACAGAGAAACUCACCCAAAGAGACCGUGAAAUGGGCAUUCUGCAAGAGAUCUUCCUCAGCAAAGAGAGUGUGCCCGACAGUCCACACGAACCAGAUCCAGAGCCGUAUGAACCCAUGCCCCCCCGUCUCAUCCCACUCGAUGAGGUUGUCAACCAGGGUCUGCUGGGACACGGUCCAGGCAUGAACAGCAUGAACACCAUGCACAUGCAGAUGCCCAUGAAUGGCGGCUACCCGCCCAACAGUUCACCCGGUGGUCCUCGGUUUAACCACCCCCCGCCCCCUCACAACCACGGACCACCUUUCAGCGGCGGCGGAGGCCCCCGCAUGAUGGGACCACCGCCAGGUCAGGGGAGAGGAGACGGCAACUACUGGGGAGAUGACUCGAUGAGAGGAGGGCCGCACAGAGGGGGGCACUUUCACCGAGGAGGCCGUGGUCGGGGAGGAGGAGACCCAGGAUUUAGAGGCAGAGGGCGAGGAGGUCCCAGAGGAGGAGGACACAACAAUAUGAACGACAUGUCCAAGAGGCCUGUUUGUCGUCACUUCAUGAUGAAAGGAAGCUGCAGGUACGAGGGCAGCUGUGCUUUCUACCACCCCGGUGUUAACGGACCACCACUGCCCCCCAAAUACCCCGCUAACAACCAACAUAAUCAGCACCCACAGCACGGACACUAGGUGAUGUUGCCAUCAGCCGGGGAAUAACUGAAAGACACUAGAGUAGCCGUUAACGGCGAUCCAAUUAAUGCAGGACGUCUGUCUUUAGACAAUUAUGGAAAGACCAGGAUGGUCUGUCCUGAACUGUGAGCUUGCUGCUGGAGCUGAAGAGUCUGUGACAGGACAAGAAGAGAGAAGACAAGAGAUUGUAAAUGAAUGACUGGACGGCUGUGAGAUGAUCACUGAUGUGACUUUGUUUUUAUCGUGUUCAUUUUUAACAGUGAGAUUGAGCUACCAUGUGUCCCCACUGCGUCUGAGUCGCUGCAGCUCGCUGCCUGUCUGCUUCGUCACUUUCCAAAUCAUUAACAGAGUUGGCCAAAUGAAAAUGUCCAGCUCAGCACACCACUUCAUUUCCUUCUUAUAGUGUUGCUCUCUGGUUUUGUUGCACCAUCAGUAAGAUUUGUACAGAAGAAUUGGAAAUGUUUUCCCUUCCUGCAUGAGACAAAACUUUAGAAAAACUUGGCUUCAUCAAUGAUUUUUGAAAACUGGGCCUGUAAAGAAACAGAACUUAAACCGCCUGAGUUCGCCUACCCCUGAGAAAACUGCUGCUAUGAACUCUGCUGAUCUGAGUCGAUCCUUUGCUUUUGCUUUUCUCCAACAGCAGUGUGUCAUAUGUAAGCAUGGUGGGGCGAUCACAACAUGCUACGCUAUUGUCAGAGCCGCUGCCUGUCACCUCUGUACUCGUCUAAAUCCAGGAGGGUUUGUGUCGUCAGUGUUAAAGAUGGGAACGAGUCCCUCUGUGGGUCGCCUAUAUUAUGUGUUUUCUGUGAAAACAGUCAUUUGUGUCUCUUGUGGGACUGUA